AAGGACGCACUUUCUUCUUUGUAGCGUCCGCUCAAAUAUAGCUUUUAGGCCACCGCUCCAAUCCCCACCACCCUCAUCAUCAUCAUCACUCUCCUUCCCUCUCUCGAUCCAAAAAGAAGACUGAUCGUCAAUCAUACGCUUAUAACCAUUUGUUCAAGCUGCUAAAGAUAGCUAGGUGAAUUGGAUACAUUUUGUACAGAAAGCCGGCAAAAGAUUACUGGGAAAACUAAAAAUUCAAAGCAAGAAGCCGGAAAAAGUCAGCAUCAGGAAUUGUUAGGACAACUGGAAUGUUCAUAGUGUGAAAGCCUGAAACUGACACUAUUUGAACUGGGAAAUAGUCGGUUCAUUCUAGAGGCAUAGAAGUUGGUUUAUGUGAGAUUGUAAUCUGUCAGAGAGAUAGGAGCAGUGAGUGUUACAGGUAUAGAGCUGAGAUGGGUUCUUUUGGUGGUCAUGCUGUGCCAGGGACGUUGUUUCUUGUAGUUGGGUUGUGGCAUAUAUGGAGCGCGUUGGUCAGAUAUGUAUCCGACCCAAAGUCCUUUCGGGUCCGGGUUUGGAGUCCUGUGCCGGGUUUUGAUGGGAGGAUCAAGUACCUGGAGCUUUAUGUUAUAGCCAUUGGUUCAUUUAUUGAUCUGUGUAUCGAGCUUUUCUAUUCGCCCCAUUUCAAGUAUUUUGUUAAUGGAGUUUUGAACCCUGCUCACAUGAAUGAUUUUGAGCACUCGGGGAUGCUUCUCAUGUUCUUUAUCUUCGGCUUAAUUGCUCUGCUGUCAGAGAAGACAAGAUUUCUUCCGUUGCCUGAAGGAGCUCUUUGUCUGAUUGCUGCCACAGCCUUCUCUGUGGAGUAUCUCCUGUUCUACUUUCACUCAACAACUCAUAAAGGCCUCGAGGGGUAUUACCACAUCAUCCUUGUUCUUCUGAUUGGGCUCUGUAUAUUAUCAACUGUUACAGGAGCACUCCUACCAACCAGCUUUCCAGUUGAUUUAUGCGGUGGUAUUGCCCUAACUCUCCAAGGCAUCUGGUUUUAUCAGACUGCAUUCACCCUCUAUGGUCCAAUGAUGCCAGAUGGUUGUCAGUUGAAGAGUGAUACGGUCUCAUGUCAUUCUGCAGACAGUGAGGUCCGGGGAGAGUUACUUGCAAACUUCCAGAUCUUUUCCAUAGUUCUUGGUGUACUUGUUGCAGUUGUGGUAGCAUAUGGUUUUGUUGCUUCAAGAUUUGGGCAUUCAGAAGUUAGGCGUGUGCAUGUAGUACAAGAUGUAUUGGUUGACGAUCAAAUUAGGGGUUUCUAGCGCGCACAUAUGAGGAAAACUAAUGUAUACCAGAGGGAUACUGAGAGAUGGUCUUACUUGCGGGGUUGUCAACUGUUGGUGGAGUUCAUCACAUAUAUUCAAAGGAGACAGGACACGACAUUUAUAGGAAGAAAAUUUUGUCAAUAAUGCAGAGACCCCUUAUUUCGGGGUCAUGUUCUUUUCUAGUGGUGGAAAUAGUAGCCCUUUGACUGGGUGUGUGUUUAGUCCAAAGAGAACACUGGAGAAUGACUUCUGUAGAACAGUGGAAAAUUUGAUGUUUAUACCAUUUGUUUUAUUUCUUACAAAAUCA